UCUGUCGCUGUGCUGUAUUACAACCCCUGCAGCCAUAACCAUGCCGGAGGAGGAGAUGAUGCGAGGCGGGAGGGAGGAUGGUGGAGUGAGGCAGGCAGGGCGGGGCUGCUGAGUGACGGAGCAGGAGGCUGGAGAGAGAGAGAGAGAGAGAGGAAGCUACUCAACAGAGGACCAAGAAACAGAAGGAGGAGGAGGAAGAGGAGAGGAAGAGAGAGAGAGUGCAUAUCUACAGGACGUGAGAGCCGGCAGCAGAGAAGGAAGCGGGGAGGUGGGGGGGGGCUUCCAGACUGGAUGGGCCCAGCGAUGCCUUGAUGGAGCAUGGGCCAGGUUUUAGGAUUCUCCCACUGCCGUGAGUCUGCUUUUGUUCUGCCCUCAGCACCUGUAUUUAUUUAUCUGACUUGAACAUAUUCCAGCUCAGCAUCUUUGCUCGCUAACUGCUGUAAGCAUCGUACAUGUUAGCUCAGGCCCCUCUCCUCUCCUCUCCUCUUUCUGCCUGCUCUCCAUUCCUCCCUCCUGCUCCUGCCUUUCAUAAACACAUGGCUGAGUGGAUGGAUGCAGUGCAGAAAGGGAAGACGUAUUCUGUCGUUUUUACCUCCUAUUGAUUGGCAGAUGUGUGCAGAACGGCUUUGCUUUGAGAAGAGUGCAAGUUAUCUCUCCAAAUAGAGCUUGUGUGGUGUUUUGUUUCUGUGUCGUAUCUCAAAAUGAGCCACAAAGUUCACCGUAUACCAACUGCGUUUAUUCCGAGGUGUUUUCCUGGAAAGUUGCAUGUGUUUAUUUAUGUGCAGAGUCGAGAAUAUGCUGCACUGUUUGCACUGCCUGGGGGAAUUUAUUGGCUAUCUAAUGUAGUGAAGGCCUUUACUGCUGCCAGGUCAUCUCUGACGGGAAGUCUCUAGUCAUUGACCAGCAGUAUGCAACUGGAUUAUGUCUCUCUGAUCUGAUAUUGAUAUACUACAAAUACAGGUAUAUCAUAGUAGUAUAGAGCAGCACGUUUAUUGACCAGCUAAGCCAUCAAUGCUGGAAAGUGAAAUCAAAUUCCUACAGAUAAAGCACGGCUGAUUGUACGUACUGGUUUGCUUUUGUUGGUCAUAAAGGGGCAUCAGUGCUAAUUCCAAAUAACUUGUUUAAAACUUCCUGCUGGGUCUUUAAUGUGAGAUGACAGAUGAAAAUGAUUAUAUAGCCAAUUAUCUUUUUGUCUAUUCUAUGUUAACUCAUAGAUUCAUGUCAUAUCUUGUUCCCUUCCAGAGGAAUAUGGCUCUGUGGCUUCCACUCCAGACUCUACGCCCCCAUGCACCGAUGGUAAUGAAGCAUGUCUGAUUUAUUUCAGUUUCACACAAAAAAGCAGUGUGCAUAAAGAAAAUGUAAAAUCAUGACUGUAAAUAGUAAAUGUCUCAUAUUUAAACUACAACUACAAGAUAUUAAAGCUCAUUGAAAACCAAGAAAAACAGCCAAAGUACCAGUUUUGAUAUAGAAAAGGGUCCUUUUGUGCAUUUUAUUUACAUAGGCACUUUCUAAAUUUUAUCAAGGUUAAACCAUUGAUAUGCAGUCAAAUAUUUGCCUCGUGAUGUUUCAAACAAAGUGAGAUGGAGAUGUGUUGCCUGAUCAUUUUUAUAGCUACAAAUUAUAUCAAAGUAUUAUCCAAAACAAUCGGGAAAUUAUAAAUGAGAGAACUGGACAGAUUUGCAUUAUAAUGUUAAGUCAAGAACAGUCAACAGCCACAGUUUAAGCAGGGGAGGCGCACUUUGUGCAACAGCUUUGAAAGAAAGGAGCAAAUCUAAUAAACUGUUUAUUAGGUUUCUCUCUGACUGUCCAAACACUGAGAAAUCCUGUCAGAAAGUACUUUUGAAAACAAGUCAUCCCUGCUGUCUGAAACCUUUCUCUUGAACUCAAUAUUACAAGAAUACAUCUGAGAGCCUCCCUGAGCUGUAAAACCCUCACACCCAGGAUCUAUGUUUAAACACAGGAGAAGAUUUUGCGAGGCGCCGUGUUUAUUCCCUCAUCAAAGAGGGUUUCACUCACUUUGGAAGUCACACACCUUUUUAUCAGACAUCAAGAGACACACCUGGCUGCUUUCAUCUGACAUAUCUAUUUAUUACAAGCUAAAAAACUCUCUUUGUUUGACACAGACCUUGUACGCACACAGUAAUAAGCAGUCUUUUUGUAAUUGAGAGUUUUGGGGAUGACAAUGAUGCUUUUUUGUCUCCAUUCAGGUGGAAAUGAGGAGUCGGAGCUGUGCGAGCUGCAAACAGCGAGGGAAUGGUCUGACGAUGAUGAGGGAGUAAGUGGAGAUCCAGAUGAUGAGGAUGGAUUGGCCUCGUCUCCUUCCAUCUGGGGGACACCGCGGCAGCACUCCUUUGAGCUGACUUUCUCUUAUAUCGCCAUCGCAGAGGCCGAAGCGGUGGGGGCCUCUAGACAUCUCCGUGACAGACGCAGGGCAGGAUCCAGAGGAAGCCGCACUCCUCUGAUCCGCACAGACACCCUGGAAACUCUCUUGGACUCACCAGACGUGGACUGGGACCCUCAAGCCUUCCUCAAUCGAGAAGAGGAAGAGGAGAGGAGAGAGCAGGAGCGGGCAGCCGCGAGGAGGGAGCUGCAAAGACAAACUGAGACUAUAACAAUCCAGCCCACGACCCAGAAUCUGGACCAGGACACUCAGGAGAGAGAUGCAGAGAUCCAGAGAGAAGAAACAGAGAGCAGUCAGAGCCGAACUGCUCCAUCUCUGUCUCUGUCUUCCCAGGAUCAGGGUCCUUCGCAGACAACGCAGGGUAAGAGAGGAAAAGCAGAGAUUGUUUUUCCCUGUGUUGUUUACCAGAGUAUCAUGACUGAGGAGGCGAUUUGUUCAAGUGACACUUAAUAUCAAGUGGGCUGUGAAGUGUAGUGGAUGAUUUACAUACUCUAUUUUCCUUGAACAUCAACAUGAACCCGUUUUUAAUUAACUGCAGGGAUGCACCUCUCAAUGGGCUGCCAUUUGUUCUGGCUGCCAACAUGGUAAAACAUUGAUAACUUGUCAGAUAUCUUACAAAUUGGUGAUUUGAUCAAAGAUGAAAAAUGGACCAUUUGCUUUAACGGUUUUGGAUUAUUUAAUUUCACAGUUUAUAAGACUGCAGGAUCUACAUUUUCCUUAUUCAAAACAUUAAAAUUCAUUCGUCUUUUCAUGGAUAUUCCUUCUUUGCUACUGGUCAUUCUACCAGCAUUAGUGUGAAACCAUGAAAUGCCAAAAACUACUCCUAUAUUAAAAUCACAACAGCGUCCAUACCUUUAGGCUGACUUGAUGUGGCUUAGCCUGGGAGCAAUAUUUAUGAGCACACAAGACUGAAUGUAAACGAUGGCAACAUGUCAGGGGACCUACUUUUUUAGGAAAAGCCCUUAGAGGCUUUUUAUGACCUCAAAAUGUGAAGAAAAUUAAAGGUUUGUGUGAAAUUAGAACAGUCAGAUUAUAGAUUAUGUGCUUCCUACCUCACCAUUCCUGUUCAAGAAUAUGGAGCUCCUGACGUGCAUCAUAAAUAGAUCGCCUGUUUGUCGAGUUAUAAUCUUGAAAAACUCCUCUCAGUAUGUGCACAACAACUGCUCUCCUCGUCAUCAUCUCCCAACCUGUGCAUUUAGCUAUGCAAAAACACAUACAUUGACAGUUUGUUCUUUCUGUGCUCUUGUAGAAACACAGCGGUGCAAAACAGCAGCUUCUGUGGAAAGGGGACCCACACCAAUGUCUAUAUAAAGGAUCAUUCUGAGUUAAAAACAACAAAAAUGACUUUUAAAUCUAAUCUAAAGCUAAACUCUACACACUACCUUUGACAGACAUAUGAUCCAGUUAUUCAUAACAGAGACAGACUGAUAUAUUUUUUCCCAUCCUGAGCAUCAAAACUAAAACAGCUGCCUGAUAGAUUUUAAUAUAAAUUGUGUUGUGAUGUUGUAACGACUUCACAGGACAAAGAGCCACUGAGAGACUGAGGGAGGAAAUCCCCAAAAAUAUGUGUAGCUAUUAGUUAACAAAAACAUAAUCAAUUCAUGACAACCUGCAACUAUCACACACCUUUAUCACUAAAAACUGAUUUCAUAGGUACUUGACUGUUUAAUUUAGGGCUCCCACAGAUGUAUGAAUCAGACAUGACAGUUUUUUGGCCAAUUAUUUGCCCUUUUGAUGAUUGCAGACAGCUGGGAAGACAUCCAGAAGUCCUUUAUGGCUCUAUUUUACUUAGCCUUAUAGUUUCUGUUUGUAUACAUUUUAUAUUAUAAUUAGCCACAAAUAAUUAGAGUAACAUCAUGAAGGCUUAGUAUCAACUUUGAAAGUAUUUCUCAGAGUGCUUUUCUUGGUGAUUUUUUUUUUUUUUUUUUUGAAUUUGAGUAAUGAAAUACGGUGGCCAAGAACUGCUGCAAUUAAAAAAGAAGCCACAAUGGAAGUUACCGAUGCCACUUCCAUUGUGGCUUUUUUUUAUUUGCAUCCUUUUAUUUUCACAGUGAGUAACUUUUUUUUUUUUUUUUUUGCUAACUUACAUUGUGGCUAUUUUUUAUUAUCUGCACCAUUUCUUUUUUUAUUUGCAGUGGGCUUCGGUUUCUUUUUUUUUUUGCAUCAGUAACUUCUAUUUUGGCUUCUUUUUUUGCAUUGUUUUUUAUUUGCAGCAGUCGCGGUUCUCAGCCACUAUAAUGAAAAAAUGUUUGACCUAAAACUGGAACUACAACACAUAUGUUCUUGCCCUGAUAACUCAGCUCACAAACUUUAUAAUAACAAGAUCUAGAAUCUUCUGUUAGUAACCAGACUUAAGGCUGAGGGUGUGCAUCCAGUCAGUAACAUCAUCAUCAUCACAGUGACAUCAUCUCUUGUUUCCCAGCAGCAGCAGAAGCAGCAUCCCCAACCCCAGAGCCAGAGUCUCCCGUCUCCAGGGAAACCAUAUCAGUCAAGCUGCUCACAUCUGUACGACCCCGAGGCCCGGCGUCUUCAUCGCAAGCUGCCACCGGUCUAAACUCUCAGGAACAGCUGGUCAGCGAUCACUGGUUUUCAGCACUUAGCCUAUCAGAGGAGCCGACAGUAUGCACUCACAUAGCAGGUACAGCACUCACUCCUGUAUCACUUCUGUAUCACUCCUGUAUCUGUAAACGCCGUCACUCCUCCGACCUCCGUCUGCCAGCUCCUCUCCUUUGUGUCUUUGUCUUAUUGCUGAGUGAGACGCUUCUUCUUCUCUGCUGCUUCAUCGAUUCUUUGAAUAAGGAAAAUAUCAGAUUUCACUGUCAGCAUGGACCUUCAAACACAGGCAGACAAAGAUAGGCAGACCCCAAGGACCCCCUGGCUAUUCAUCGUGUCUCCAUGGUAACCCUGCCUCACAGUUUAAGGGAUGAUUGUGCUAAUUGUGAGGAAAGCAUUUUUGGCAUUGACUUUUUGGACUUGCAUGCCAUCACUGCUGAUGUCAGGAUGAAUCACUCUUUGCCACAAGCACAAAGACAGAUGUGUGUGUGUGUCUGCGUGUGUAUGUGUGUGUGUGUUUUGAGUAUUUAAAUGAAGACAGAGAGACAAAGAGAUACCGUCCAGUCUUCUGGCCUGCUGGUAUUUUAAGUGGACCUUCAGUCAGAGGAGAGCUCAGUCUUAUUUUAGUGGACAUGGGGGGCAGUAAACCCUCACACUGAUGAAUGUGUGGUCAGGCUGAUGACAGAGUUUAGGGUGUCCUGAAUAAAUAGCCCACAUGCUUCCAUUGGGGCGUCAUGUUUCACGUGGUUUUAUUACUAACUUUGAGGGGCUGCAACUUAACCUCAUUGCUUUAUUGGCACAACUAAUAAGAGAGUCUAGCAUGGCGAUACAAAAGUGACAUUCCUGAAGCCAAGAUUAAACUUGCUAAAAUUGCACCAAACCCUUUGUUGAUUAACAUAGGGGAUUUGUGCUUUAUCCCACUGAAAGUAUCUUUAUGUCAAUGUCUGUGAGUCCAUAAGCACAGUUUAAAUAGUCGAUUUGGUAGACGAUUAAAGCUCCUUUAAGAAGUUUUGGCUGUUUAUUAAACAGACUGAAAUAGGAAAUACGCUACUUUAGUCCAGCAACAGCAAACAAGACCACAAUCAACAGGGUUAUUUUAAAGUCUAUUAUCUGUGUAAGAAAUUGGAAGUUUAAAAGUCUUUAUUUACAUUUUUCAUACCAAAUAGUCACAGUUAUUUAUUGUACUGCUAAAACAAAGUCUAAUGAGAGUUUCUGCUUAAACAUGUACAGGACAAACCAGUAGAGAGAGACUUUGUCCACAGGGGGCACCAAAAUCGACACAAACUCAAAGUUCAGCACAAGAGCUUUAAACCGAAUAUUUCUUUCUGAGCUCAUUACCAAAAAACUACGUCAUAAACUGAUCAUCCGUGUGGUAAUUAUUGCCAAGCAUACGGAAUCCUCCUUUAAAGUUUUUGUCAGCUUUAUUUUUAGCACCUUAACUAGAAAUAAUUUGGAAUCAAGCCACUCGUCUAUAUAUUACAAGUACUGGUUGCACUGUCUCAAGUGGUGACAUAACAGAAAAUAAACCCUCUCCUGUUUCAGGUGUUAGACAGGGCGUGAAUAGAAGCAAAGCUCCAUUUUGAAUUCGGUGUGAAAUACAACAAAUUAAUGAUUCAUCUUGAGCACGAGUAUCUGUUUUGAUGAAGAUGACAGAAUUCAGUGACUUUUGUAAAUCGUCUUUUCUGUCAUCAUCUCACUCUGUGCGAAUCUCUCCCAGAGUCUUGUAGAGUAGUGGGCGGUGCUGCGAAAAGAUUAUUUUGGGCUGUCAGGCCUUUGGACUGCUGAGCGAGCAGGGGGGUGUCCAAAAACAGCUCAGAGGGGCAAGUGGAGCGCGGCGGGGCAGAGUGUGAGGGACAGAGGCUGUGUGUGAGGGGAAACACUGGGAGCUGCAACCAAAAUGGCCAGUAAAGGUGAGACAUUUGACUUCCAGAAAAAAUCUUCCCAUGCGGACGAUGUCUUGGUUUUUGCUAAAAGUUGUUGGCUGACUUCUUGCUGUUGCGUGUUUGAGUUCAAUGACAAGAAAGAGGGCAGAGGAGAGCUCUAGAUUUGAGAAUGAAGAGGAGGAAGAUGCUGUUAAACUGUUGAACUGAGCUACUUCUGUUGAGAAAGCUGGAUGAUCCGGGGAUUGAAGAUAGCAAUCGAGUGGAUUUCUCGCCUCUCUCUGAUCAUCUCUCAAACACAGUCUCCUGUAGCUUCAGAGAAGAGUCAGGCUUUUAUCUCCUGAGCUGUUUAGAUGGAGCGGGGUGAGCUUUGUAUCAGAGGCUUUGAUGUAAAUUUCUCUGAGUCAUUCAAAUGAGUGUAAACCGUCCUGCUGUGGUGGGUUAAUCAUAGAUAGCUUUUGUAGUGUGUAAUAACUGUGGCAGCUGGGCUCUCUUUCAUUUUACUGCUUCCUGAAGAGCCGACGAUAUUUCAGACUUUGCCCCUGGAAGUUUUCCCGGACCUACAUGUUGAGGACGUUAUAUUGAGAGGAUGUCAGGCUGGGUUGACUUCAUUAUGAGUGAAUGAGCCAUGAGCUUUAUGGUCUUUCUGGUUGAUUCAUUGCUUAAUCUAAUUACAGUUUUAUUGCACAGAUCUAGUUUAGGUCAAUUCUGGAUGAUUAAAGUAAGAGAAUAAGAUUUUGAAGGUAUUAAGUUCCCUUUUAAGGCCACCUAAAUGCUAUAAUACAAAAGUUUUGGAGUGAAAAGUUAUUAGUUAGCUUCUUGCUGAGUGUUAAAGGCAAUGUUAGGAGUUUUUACAGUAACUGAUACCUUUUCUAUGAAAUAACACAAUCAACAAGUCUGAUAAUGUCACUGAUGUUAUCUUAAGUGAUUAAAAUGCAUUAAAGAGGUGAGUUUCAGAUGUUUUAAAUACUCACAGCAAGUGAUUAAAAACUUCAGGUUAAGGUUUUUGUCUAAAAACACAAAUUACCGGUGAACGGGACAAUAGAUAAGAAGUAUCAUUUGGUCCAUAGGGGGCGCCAUUAUCAAUACAAACCUAAAGUUCCUAACAGUGGCUUUAAGUAUGAAACUAAAGCAAGCAGCCACUUAUCCGAGCAUAACAUAAAGACAAGAAAUAUCACAAAAGGCAAAGUGGUGGGUGUCUCGCAGGACCUUAGCCUUCUCGCUAACAGCUGCAAGCGUGCCCGCUUUCCCCUAAUUAUACUAAACAUGUGACCUUAAAAUGCUGAAAAUCAAUGCGUUAUGAAAACAUCACCUCACUAACACAAAUGUUUUGAUAUUUUCAGUCAUAGGUCUCAACACUCGUAAAGAGUAGUCUAAAAAUGGUUCUUAGCGAAGCUACCAGUGGAGACCCAUGAAGGUCACUGGGCCAAACCAAGAAACAUAACCCUGCAUCAUCUCACACUUGUACCGAUUCAACAAAACAAAAAUAGGAUAAAAUAUAUGUCGCUAUAAAUGUGCUUGUAGGUUACAUUAGUUUAGAAACCUUAAAAGAACAGUGCUAACUUUUUUCCCCUGUCAAGGCUGUGCUAACAGCUGAUAAAUUAGGGCUUACUGUAUCAGUCUCUAAUCCACGUCUAAAUUUAGGCAAGUCGGGAUAAACUGCCCAAAAAUGAGAAUCUUGUAUUCGAAUAAGGACUUCUAGGAUUGGCUCUGCAUCCUGGACUCUCUUAGGAUUACUGCAGGGUCAGAUGUCUCGAUUCUUACUCGCCUCCUGCAGAACUACAAGGAAACUCUGAAUGAGGAUAAUCAAUGUGUGCAGGAUAUGGGUAGAUCUGCAUUGUGGUCUAAGGCCUGUGUUGUCAAAUAUAGUAGCUACUCCAUAAAUCCAUUGUUAGCCACACUGUCCCAGAAUGACAGCCAACAUGGUGGAUAAGUGCGUUCCAGGAGCAUCAUGGGUAUUAAUUGUGUGCAGUGAUGCUUAUAAAUAAUCCAUCUGCUGUCUGUACACUCUAUUCAAAGACGCCUCCUUUUUGUUGCGACGCUUGGUCUUAGCAUGUCAUUGAAUAUCAAGCACACAGAGCUCUGCUUUAACGAGGAGGUGUUGGUUUAGUUCUGUAUCAUGUACUUAUUCAUGAAGGUCUUAUUCAAAGAUAUUUUACCACAUAUAUCGAGGUUUUCUCUACUCUCGCGAACAUGAAUUUUGGACGCGUCAGUCUCCAUCGCAGCUGUUGCCGGGAAACAGUAAGGGACACCAACAGGGUGUGGAGAAGGCCCUGCUGACGGCCUGACGUGUACCAGCAGGUGCUGUGAAAUGCUGCAUUUAAAUUCUGUUCGACCGCUGCCUCCCUCUUUCAUCUGAGAGCUAAAUUUAGCCCGUGCUGGAGCGUGACGUGUCCUCUCUGCUGCUGCUGCUGCUGCUGUGUGUCCUCUCAUGCUGGAGGCUGGAAACCCCUCUCUCUGCCUCAUAUCCCACAUUUCUCAGGCCACUAUUCCUCUUUUUAUUCCCCUAAUCUAGAGUAAUACAUCUUCCUUCUUCCUAAAACUGCCCCCUAAAAUGAUAGAGCCUUUGAUUGUCCACAAAGCUGGAGGCUGGGUGAUGUUGCAGCAGCUGAGGGGGAAGGACACAGUAAACCAGUAAAUCACAAUGCUGUCAGCUGUAUGUGAAAAUGUAUAAACUUCACCUGUAUAUGUUUUUCAAAAUAUCCGAUUUUCCUUUCUUUUACUCCAGUGAUGGACGUGAUCUACUGGAAGGACACCGAGCGGACAGGCAUGGUGCUCACAGGGUUGGUGGUGGGUCUGCUGUCCCUGUUCCAGCUCAGCAUCAUCACCGUGAUCUCUACAGUCUCCCUGGCUAUCGUAUGCUUCACCAUCUCAGUGAGAAUCUACUACCAAAUCCUCUUCAUCCUCAACUGGGGCGACGGAGAACACCCCUUUAAGUAGGACGCUUUAGCUUUACUCCUUUUUUCAUUUCUAUUUCUUUUUUCCACCUUAACUAUCUCUUAACUUUUGAUCCAUGGUGCCUGAAAAGAGAUUUAUAUGUUAAAGAUUGCUACCAAGGAACAUGAGGUACUGUUUUCAAAUGUUACCAUUCUCAAAACUAAAGGAUGGAUGUCUUCUCAGGUCAUACUUGGACCUGGACAUCAGUUUCAGUGGAGAGGAUGCCGACCGCUACAUGCAGAAAGCCAUCGUUAUGAUUAUGUCUGCGGUGGACACGCUGAACAGACUUUUUUUUGUUGGAAACCUCUUUGACUCCCUCAAGGUGAGCUAUAAUUAAAUUUGCCCUUGUGGUGUGUGUGUGUGUGUGAGUGUGUGUGUGUGUGUGUGUGUGUGUGUGUGUGUGUGUGCGUGUGUGUGAGUGUGUGUGUUUGCCGGCUGUUCAAUCUCACAUUCACCAUCUUAAUGACCUCUUCUUAAAGAUGUGCUUCACUCUGUCCAGACCUUCUCCUCCUAAUUAACCCGAGAAUCAGUCCGUCUCCAGUUAUUUGGGUUUUUUUUUCCCCGUCAUCUUUCUCUCCUCAUUCCUGGAGAUGAUGUCGCCAUGCCAACCAUCCGUCUCAUUAUGCUGAAAACUAAAGAUGGCUCCUAAAUUAAGGCAGUUUCACUGAAGAUGACUGUCAGUCCUGAUGACAGAUUUUGUUGUGAUCAUGUGGAAAGUGAUGGGUCUCUCUUACUGAUCCUAAAUGAUGAUUUUAUUUAUUUAUUUCUUCUUUUGGCCUCUGGGUGUGGGACUUUUGCGAGCAAAGCCAAACCACUAUGUCCAAAUUCAUCAAGCCUCAACACAUCUGUCACUUAGAUGCUGUCACAAUGCAAAGUAUGUAGGUAAAGUGACAAAAGCAACUUUCAAAUUCAUAUUCAUAACAUGUCAAAUACAUAUAUGGUUGGCAAGUGUUUAUUACUGGUCAGCUUCACCUCAUAGUCUCUGGAAACCCCUGACCUGUCUUCUCCAGGCCUGGCUCCACUCAUUAGAAGGUUUUGUUGAUGUAGUUACAUGUCAUAUGAUCUGGUGUCAACACAGAGUAUUUUAUUAUUUAUAAUGCUGCAUCAGUGUUUGACUUCCUGUCCCGCUCAAUCUGCCCCCUGUGCUGAUUGAUGCCCUUUUGCCACAGCAUCCAACAAAAAUAGAAGUCUUGGGUAUCUGCUGCAAAAGGCUCCAGAGUGCCAGAGUUGGGAUGGAGCAGAUGCGCAUCGCAGCAGAUAGCCAGUGGAAGCACACACAUCGACUUUGUUGAAAUCUAUCAGGCCUGCUGCAGAGGUGGAGCAAAGGCGGACCGACCACAGCUCUGGUGCAAAGUUCCUGUGAACAUGAGCCCUUCUCUUGUCCUGCCUUAUUGACUAGUCGUGAGAUUAUAUUUAAAGCUCCAGUGAGGAGUUUUUAACUGAUUAUCAAACACUGUCAUCAUGUCUUUAUGACCUAAAAUGAGAUAAAAGACCCUUAAUAACAAGAUUGAUAAUUUUAGUAGGAGAAUUGGUGUAUGCCUGUAACCGCUACAGCUACUGCUGUUACUGGGUAGAUGUCCAAUGAUGUGAUCCCACUCACCACAAAGACUCACAAUAAUGAGAUUUUGAUUUUUAAAAGACAGCAGGAUGCCUAUUUUUUCAUCAGAUAUCACUACUUGCACAUGUUAGAGACAGAAUUGGCAAAAAACUAAGAGGGACCACUUUUCACACAAGGGGCCAAAAAAUGACAAAAGCUCCUAACUGGAGUUCUUGAAGUUGUGUUGAGAGUAUGAAAGGAUAUUUUAGAUGUUAUAAAGGUAAUGCAGGAGGAAAGUUUUAGCACAAAUCACAGCUGAUACCUUAAACAGAGAAGAAACAACAUACUUAUCAAUGAAAGCAUAUUAAAACUUAAAGUCAGAACCUGUCUGGUUACAAGGAUUGGCCCUUUUACUGUAUGAUUAAUUCCAAAUAUGGCAAUUACUUAUAUUAUAAGUGGUAGUAAAAUCCAUUUAGUAUGUAGAUGCAUGAAAAUAUUUGAUGGCGUUUCUACCUCAAGAAUUCUGUGUUAAUAGUUUAUAUUAUAAUAAUCAUAAACUUUGAGGGUUUUAGGGUAAAGCUAGUUAAUUACAACAAUGACAAUUAGGUCAUGAAGAGCAGCACUUUGUAAGCAGACAGUCUUAACACAUUUACAGUAAACGGUGAGUCAGUGGGAGAUAACUGAGCCCCCUAAAUCCCAGCACCACCCAGUCUCAACCCUGACCUGGCCGGUAUGUGACAUGGCACACAGGAGGGGGUACGCGGAGACACCCAGGAUCAGCUGGAGGCUCUUUCCAUCCGAGACAGGGGUGUCCCAUAUCAGGGCAACACCGGAUCCCCGACCAGGAGCUGUGACACUGUGGGAUAUAAGAGGAAACACUGAAAUCCAUAUUUGGAGUCUCAAACUUGGAGCUCGGCUUUUUUCUUCACCGAGGAGAACAUUAGACUGGAGUGGCGUAAUACAUAUCCACUGUACAGCGUUAUGCAGGACUGCGGCUUGAUUUACAGCUCUCUGAGACACUAAAAUGACAAACAUAGGAAGCAUGCUGAGGGGUUUCCUGUGUGCGCUGCUGAUGGAAGUAACUCAAACUUUCUACUUCUGUUCCUUUUGUUUCAGUUCCUGGUUCUGAUCUACCUUGUGACGUUCUUGGGAGACCUGUGCAAUGGCCUUACUCUGCUCAUCAUUGGUAAGAAACAGCGAUCACAGCUAAAAUGAUAGUAUGUGUUCACAGACUGAUUGGAGGCCAUGUUAACUCUCUUUCCUUCCUCUCCCCUGCAGGUGUGAUCGCUAUCUUCUCUCUGCCACUUUUCUACAGACAACGCCAGGUAACAACUGUCCUGAUGAAUACCUGAAUCUGGUCCUUUGUGCCAAAAUUAACAAACUCAUCAUAUAUUUUGACUUUCCACAGGAGCAGGUGGACAGCUUCAUUGCAAAGAUCCAGGCCCAAAUUGACAACGUCAAGGACACGUGAGUGUGGCGCCAUCUACUGGCACAGUGUCAUCACAGUUUUUUCACAGCAGAGGCAGUGAAUACAGAAGUGCACUCACUUUAAUUAAGUGAGAGGAACAAUACUGCAUUACAUUUACAAUUAAAUGAGGGUAAUAAAUAAGCACAUGUUCAGAAGAUGAACUAUGCAAUAGAAAAUAACUUCAAUCUACAGGAAAGAGUCACUGCUCUUUAGUGAGAUGCUUCUGUCUGACAGGACUGAACCAGAUUCAUCAUUAAGGAUAGAUUUUAUGGAAAACAGCUCUGAUAUUAAAAUCAACCAUCAAAUUAUACAUUUUAUUAUCACUACUAUUUCUUUUCAAGCAAAACCACAACAUAUAAUAACUGUCAUAUAAGCCAUUGUCCUCAUGUUUGACUGAAAAGCUCCAAAAUUUGUAUGAAUGGUAAAAAAUAAAAAAAUAUCAACUUAAAGCUCCUGUGAGGAGUUUUUUUUGUAAAUAGACUGAAAGUCAUACUGAUGCCUUAUUAGGAUAUACAAAAGCAAAUAAGACCUACAGGGACAAGAUUUACCAUAUUUUUGCUGUAUUUAUUAGUACCUAAAACUGCUGCAAAGGGGGUAGGUGUCUGUGGAGCCGCUGAAGAAAAAUCUCAGUUUUUACAUCUUCCACAUUAAUCGUUCACAAAUAAAUGUCAUAUUUAGGCAUCAAAGCCAGAAGUAUUGAGACUUUUUGUCAGAGGACACUAUUUAAACAUGUUACUGCCAAUAUAAAAAAAGACUGUUAGUCCACAAGGGGUGCCAAAACAAAGAAAAGUUACUCAUGGAACCUUUAAUGAAAUAUGAAGAAAGGCACACUGGUUUAAUCUUUAAAGAUUUACUGGGAAUGUGUGUUUGAGGGUAGAUUUAUAUUAGCAACAGCUUUCCUGUUUCUCCUCCACAGCUUUCAGAGACUUGCCCAAGGUGGCGGCCCUCCUCCUGAUCCAACUCCUGGCGGCGCCAAACCAAAAGCCCAGUAAACACUGAUGGACAAGAACUUGAAGACAAGCUCCCAGAGUUACAGGCUGUCACUCAGAUGUCUUACCCAGCCGUCUGUGCUCAGCGCUCCACAGAGCGGGGCUCCAGAGACUGAGGAAGGGAAGGGAGGAUACACAAAUGGACAAUGAUGAAGAUAAAGCAUGGUACUUUAUACUCUAACUGUAUCUAAGUUAUGGGGUAAGAGGUUGGGGUUUGGGUUAAAAUGAAUCAAGGUGAUUUCAAGGUGUAUAAAUCCUGAAUGGGACUCUAGCUGCUGAUGUCAGAGAUGCAAAAAUGCAGCUUGUUGGAUUGUUGGAAGUAUUCACUGUUUUUAAUGUAUAAAAAUGACUCAAGAAGUGUCUUAGAUAAUGGAAAGCUGUAGUCCAAAUGAGGUAUCAUGACCAGAAAUAGAAAGUUUCCACACCAACAGCUACUCACCCAGACAAGGGGAGUGGUUGUUAAGGUGACAAAAACAGGGGUAAUCAUUAUUCAUGGCAGCAUAAAACUGGUAAAUACUGUUGCAUGUGUCACCACAUGUUGUUUUUUCUGAAUGCAUAUUAAUUUCUCAUGAUAGUUUAUGUAUGCAGAUGCAAGUGGGAGUGUGUCUCUGUGUGUGUAUGUGUGUGUGAGUGCGUGAUUUCUGACAAACAGCUUGCAAAAUGAAAUGAAAAAUGAACCUACAAGCAAUUAAAAUCACAUUUCUCCUUUAUUUUCCAUAAUUUUCUUUGUUUUUUUCUCACUCACACCAACGUUCACGUUCAAUCACGAUCGCUUAUGUCUUCAGUUUUGUCUGUCAUGUUUUAUGGAUGUCACUUUGUCACCUACACCACCAGGGGCAGCUUUCCUUCACUCAUCGAUGUAAAGUGGAGAGUCAAACGUAUAAUUCAGAGAUUAGGUGAUGUAUUCUUCUGCUACGGCCUCAAUAGAUGUAUCAUAAUCAAAUGAAAUCACCUUAUAGGAUGUUCCCCACAGAUAUCCUCUCUCUGAGCUCUCAUUGUGAAAAAUGUCCAGCCUUGUGAAGGAUUGUGGGAGUGAAAUACAGCAGGUGCCUUUCUUUCUGCAGGUUCAAGUGCAUGAUUUGAUUCACAGUACUCAAGGCUGCUGACAACAGCUUACUCCUCCUCCCAUUGCCUUCCUGAGAAUGGUGUUUUGUAUGUGUAUGAUAACUGUGUGAUAGAAACAUGUGUGUCAUGACAAGGUAUCUUAUACAGAAUUGUAAGUAGUUCGAUUUUAGGAACAAUAAAACUAUUCAGGACACUCUGUAGCUCCACUUUUACCUGAAGUAGUUGCUGCUGUCACCUU